UGUGCAGGAGGAGAAGGCUGUCGGCUGUCAGUGGGCAGUUGCGGGCGCGCCUUCCUGCCAGGUUCUGAGUAGCGGACCUCGGUAUUCCUGGCUCGCCGGCAGAGGCCAGUCUCUGAGCUCCCGGCGCACCAGCAGCGACCUGUAUUGUGGAAGCCCCUGAAAUGCAGAGCUGUGUGCAUUAAGCCGGAGCCACAGCGUUGGGGCCCCGGGUAGGCUCUCCUUCACCCUUGUCAUUGUGCCCGCCUGCGUGCCCAGACCCUAAGAUCAUCUUGAAGAAUUCAGGGCUCCAAAAAUGUUUCCCUUGAAGGAUGCCGAAAUGGGGGCCUUUACCUUCUUUGCCUCAGCUCUGCCGCACGAUGUUUGUGGAAGCAAUGGCCUUCCUCUCACCCCAAAUUCCAUCAAAAUUUUAGGGCGCUUUCAAAUCCUAAAGACGAUAACCCAUCCCAGACUCUGCCAGUAUGUGGAUAUUUCUAGGGGAAAGCAUGAAAGACUGGUGGUGGUGGCUGAACACUGUGAGCGGAGCCUGGAAGAUUUGCUUCGAGAAAGGAAACCUGCGAGCUAUUCAAAGGUCUUGUGCAUAGCGUUUGAAGUCCUCCAGGGUUUGCAGUAUAUGAAUAAACACGGCAUAGUACACCGGGCUCUGUCUCCUCACAACAUCCUGCUGGAUCGAAAGGGGCAUAUUAAAUUAGCUAAAUUUGGACUUUAUCACAUGACAGCUUAUGGUGAUGAUGUUGAUUUCCCAAUAGGGUACCCAUCAUACUUGGCACCUGAGGUAAUUGCACAAGGAAUUGUCAAAACCACUGAUCAUGCACCAAGUGAAAAACCAUUGCCUUCUGGCCCCAAAUCUGAUGUUUGGACUCUUGGGAUCAUUUUAUUUGAGCUUUGUAUGGGAAGAAAAUUAUUUCAGAGCCUGGAUAUUUCUGAACGUCUGAAAUUUUUGCUUACUUUGGGCUGUGUGGAUGACACUGUAACAGUGCUGGCUGAAGAGCACGGCUGUCUGGACAUUCUGCAGGAGCUUCCUGAAAAUAUGAUAGAUCUUUUAAAGAAGUGCCUGACCUUCCACCCUUCUAAGAGGCCAACCCCAGAGGAAUUAAUGAAGGACGAUGUGUUCAGCGAAGUGUCACCUUUAUAUACCCACUUCACCAAACCUACUGGUCUCUUUUCGUCUUCUCUGAGAUGUGCCGACCUAACCCUACCCGAGGAUGUCAGUCAGUUGUGUAAAGAUACAGACAGUGAUUACCUGGCAGAAAGAUCCAUUGAAGAAGUUUAUUACCUUUGGUGUUUGGCUGGCGGUGACUUGGAGAAAGAGCUUGUUAAUAAGGAAAUCAUUCGAUCCAAACCCCCUAUCUGCACCCUUCCCAAUUUUGUUUUUGAAGAUGGUGAAAGCUUCGGACAAGGUCGAGAUAGAAGCUCACUUUUAGAUGAUACCACUGUGACGUUGUCAUUAUGCCAACUAAGAAAUAGAUUAAAAGAUGUUGGUGGAGAAGCAUUUUAUCCAUUACUUGAAGAUGACCAGUCUAAUAUACCUCACUCGAACAGCAAUAAUGAAUUGUCCGCAGCUGCCACGCUCCCUUUGAUCAUCAGAGAGAGGGACACCGAGUAUCAGCUCAACAGAAUCGUGCUCUUUGACAGGCUGCUCAAGGCUUACCCGUAUAAAAAAAAUCAAAUCUGGAAAGAAGCAAGAGUUGACAUUCCACCUCUUAUGAGAGGUCUAACCUGGGCUGCUCUUCUGGGAGUUGAGGGAGCUAUUCAUGCUAAGUAUGAUGCCAUUGAUAAGGACACUCCAAUUCCUACAGAUAGACAAAUUGAAGUGGAUAUCCCUCGCUGUCAUCAGUAUGAUGAACUUUUAUCAUCACCUGAAGGUCAUGCCAAAUUUAGGCGUGUAUUGAAGGCUUGGGUAGUAUCUCAUCCUGAUCUUGUGUAUUGGCAAGGUCUUGACUCACUUUGUGCUCCAUUCCUGUACCUAAACUUCAAUAAUGAAGCCCUGGCUUAUGCGUGUAUGUCUGCUUUUAUUCCCAAAUACCUGUAUAACUUCUUCUUGAAAGACAACUCACAUGUAAUACAAGAGUAUCUGACCGUGUUCUCCCAGAUGAUUGCGUUCCACGACCCCGAGCUGAGCAAUCAUCUCAACGAGAUUGGCUUCAUUCCAGAUCUGUAUGCCAUCCCUUGGUUUCUCACCAUGUUUACUCAUGUAUUUCCAUUGCAUAAAAUAUUCCACCUCUGGGACACCUUGCUGCUUGGGAACUCCUCUUUCCCAUUCUGUAUCGGAGUAGCAAUUCUCCAGCAGCUUCGGGACCGGCUUUUGGCUAAUGGCUUUAAUGAGUGCAUUCUUCUCUUCUCUGAUUUACCAGAAAUCGACAUUGAACGCUGUGUACGAGAAUCGAUCAACCUCUUUUGUUGGACUCCCAAGAGUGCCACAUACAGACAGCACGCCCAGCCUCCAAAGCCACCUUCCGACAGCGGCGGCCUGAGAAGCUCAGCACCCUACUUCUCUGUGGAGUGCACAGAGCCGCCAAAGACCGAUCUGUCAAGAGAAUCCAUCCCACUAAAUGACCUAAAGUCAGAAGUGUCACCCCGGAUUUCAGCAGAAGACCUGAUUGACCUAUGUGAGCUGACUGUGACCGGCCACUUCAGAACACCCACCAGGAAGACGAAGUCCAGUAAACCGAAGCUGCUGGUUGUUGACACCCGGAGCAGUGAAGACUUUACCCGGGGUCACAUUUCCAGCAGCAUCAACAUCCCAUUCAGUGCCGCCUUCACUGCGGAAGGCGAGCUCGCCCAGGGCCCUUUCACCACGACACUCCAGAGCCUCAAGGGGAAGGUCAUCGUCAUUGUGGGAAAUGUGGCAAAGCACACAGCCGAGGACCAAGCUCACUGUGGUGAAACCAAAGCCCAUGACCUCUACUGCAAGGCCAAUACCUGCUGAUGGAGCCAUUGGAUCUGAACUAGGCCAGGCAGCUGACAGGCUCCAUCAUUCCUCCCACAACCAAGGAGCAAGACCCCACUCACUAGAGGCAUGAAAGCUAGCACAGAGCUUUGUCCUGGAGCUCAGUGCCAGCCCCAACCCAGUGAGACAUGGCAUCUGUUAGAAAUGAAGGCCCCUGCACAGGUCACCUGGUCGCAGAGGUCACAGACUAGGUGUGGCAUCAGGCAGAGACCUGUGUGCAGGGAGGAUAGACUUGAGAUUUGCCCUGCAUUAUUUCCACCCAUGGAGAGGGCCCAGGACACCCUCCAAGACAGUGCAGGCCCCUGCAGCUCUUAAAUGUGUCUCGGCGUGCUAUCAGCACGGUGUCCAAGGUAUUGUAUCCACCACCAACUCCAGGGAACACAGCAGGUCAGUGCUCGCAGGCAGAGCACUAGGACUGCCCCAGCACCGGGCAUGCCAGUGGGGUGAACUCACGUGACAGCCUGCAUCACGGUGAACUGUGGCGUGGGCUUCCAUGCACCCCUGAGACUGAGAGACUCAGGCAUGACCAAGCAUAGGCCUGGCCUGCAUGUGAUCAGCCUCUUCAACAACACUUCAACUCCAGUCAGCACAGAAGGGCACCGGGCCUCACUGGCCAGGGGCAGGAUGGGGUGGUAGACAAAACUGUGCCCUGAACCUAACACUGGGCAGAACCCAAAGGCCGCAGCCCCAGACUUGCCACACAUGAAGCUUCUGAACACCUCCAGUGUCCAGAGAAGGCUUGCAGCCCCAGUCACUGACCUCCCUUCAGCUAGCAUUGCCUAUGCUGAUGGUACCAGUGUUAGGCCACAGAGGCACCUCAGUAACAUAACCCAUAGUGUGGGCCUGGGCCCUACGCUUCUCAGUAUUGUACUGGUCUUAGCAAGCUGGGGCACAGGUGGCUACAGCCGUGACAGAAGCCUAGGGCUGGUCCCUUCAUUUUGAUACCACCUAGAGCUGGUCAUAAACCCUAAUUACUAAGGAGGCAUCUGGAUGUAUGCCAGCCCUAGGAAGAAGUUUAUGGGAACAGUCUUCACUUUCUUGGAGCUCUCCUGGUUCAUUCUGAACAGCACACCAACUGAACUUGGACUACCCUCUAAUACUGCAUCAGUGACAACAUACAAAUAGCAGACUCCCAGAAAAUCUGGACCUGACUGCCGUUCAGUGCUGAAAGGAGUGGCAGUGAGUACAGGUUCACUAAAAUAAACAUCCUGCUUAGAAUUUCUGGAAAGCGAGGCACAAACAAAGCCAGAUUUGAAAGAUCGGACUAAAAACCUAAUCCUUUAAUGCCAAGAUGUUCGAUGCCAACAAACAUCAAGAGCAUUGAGAAAACCAUGACCUCACUUAAUACUCUAAGGUGCCAGAAACUGACCAGAUAGAAAUCAGUAUGAGAGAAUUUAAAACUGCUGAUUUAGAAGACAUCAGUAGCAGGACAGAUCAAGCAGAAGAAAGAAUUUGUGAGCUCGAAGAUAGGCUAUUUGAAAAUACUCAACCAGAGGAGAAAAAAAAAUGAAAAGGAAUGAAGAAAGCUUACUGAAAUUUUGGAACAGUUUUAAAAGAGCAAAUAUUCAGGUUAUUGGGGUUCAGGAAAAAAUUGAGAAUGCCAAAGCUUACUCAAAGAAAUAAUGACAGAAAGUUUUCCCAACCCAAAGGAUACAAAUAUCCAAGUACAAGAAAGUCAGAGGUGAAUAGUCAAAUUUAAUUCAACAAAGAUAUGCCCCAAGACAUAGUCAAGUCUCGCAAGUAAAAGAUGAAGAUUAAAAGAAACAAAUAGCACAUGCACAUGUCUCAGUUUGGCUGACAGCCAACUUCUCAGCAGAUACCUUAUAGGCCAGGAGAGAAUGGCAUGAGAUUCUCACAGUAUUAAAGGAAUAAGCUACCAAUCAAGAAUACUGCAUCUAGCAAAGCUGACCUUUACAAACAAAGAUGAGAGAAUUUAUCCUCUACAAGAAUUGCUGAUGUAAGUUAUUCAAACUGAGAAAAAAGAUGUUAAUGAGUACGAAGAAAACAUGGGAAGAUAUAAAACUCACUGCUAAGAGUAAUUACACGAAGAAAUUCAAGGUGUUUUAAUAUGAGCAUGGUACAUAUGCCAGUCUUCAGUAAGAAGACUAGAAACCAAAAUUAUUAAAAAGAAUAACUACUUUGUGUUAAGAGGAUGUCGGUAUCAAAAGAGAAUGUGCUAUCAAAAACAAGUGUAAGGAGGAAUGUAAAAUACAAGUGGAGUAUUCUCUCAUUCUUUUUUGCUUGUGUCUAUACUUAUUUUUACAAUCAUAUUCAGUUGUUACCAUUUCAAAAUAGACUUUUAUAAUCAAAAGAUGUUUUCUAUAACCCUCAUGGUAAGCGUCAAGCCCAAAUCUGUAGCAGACAGUGCAGAAGUAAUAAUCAAAACACAGGAUGGGAGUUAAUCACUCAGCCACAGAAGCAGUCUGUAAGGGGGGAGAAAGGAGCUACAGCAGGGCUGAAGAACAAGUUACAAAGUGGCUAUCAUAAGAAUUUUUAUAUCAGUAAUAACCUUGAUUUAUAUGGAUUAAAUUCUCUAAAAGGCAUAGAAAAACUGAAUUGAUAAAGAAAAGCUAUGUUGCCUACAAGAAUCCCACUUCACCUCUAAAUACAAAUGUAGAAUAAAAGGGAAGAAAUGGAAUAAGAUAGUGUGUGCAAAUGCAGUCCAAAAGAAAGCAGAACUAGCCAAACCUGUAUCAAAUAAAAUAGACUUUAAGGUAAAGGGGUAAAAAGGGACAAGAUCAUCAUAUAAGGGUAUAGGGUUGGAUCCAGCAAAAGGAAGUAACAGUUCUAAAUGUACAGACCCAUAGCAGAAUAGCAGCUAUAUAAAGCAAACAUGAGACUACCUUAAGGAAGAAACAGACCAGUGACCAAUAAUGUCAGGGACUGUAAUACCCUGUUUUUCAGUGCUGGACUGCUUAUCCUAACAGAAAAUCAACAAUCAUCUACUGAGUCUUCCAUCCAAUGGCUGCUGAAUUCACAGUUUUUGCUUCAGCACAUGGAACAUGCUCCUGAAAGAUCAUAUGAAAGGGCGUAAACUAAUCUCAGCAAAUUUUUAAAAAUUGAAAGAUCCAGUAUCUUUCCUGAUCAUAGUGCAAUAAAACUAGAAAUUAAUAGCAAGAAAAACUUUGAACACUAUGCAAAUACAUGGAAAUUAAGCAA